UAGUCUUCAGUCCUCACAGCGCACGCCUGCCUUUGUUCAUCGACGAUUACGAAUUUACUUUGUACUUGCAUUUGACAGAUUAGGAGGGGAACCAUGGCGGAGGAACAACCCGACGAAGCUCUGAAAACCCCGAUAUCGUCGUCGGCGUCUAAGUCACUGAAGAGAAAGGGUUCUCCAUUGCGUUUGGUUGAUACGUAUGCUGCUCAAUGUGUAAAAUGCUUUAAAUGGAGGGUGAUCACUUCAGUGGAGGAGUAUGAAGACAUCAGAAAUAAAGUCUCCGUGGUACCAUUUGUCUGUGCUAGAAAAUCUGGUGUGUCCUGUGAGGACCCUGCUGACAUAGAAAAUGAUGGCUCUCAAACGUGGGCCAUUGACAAGCCUGGCAUUCCCAAGACUCCUGAGGGCUUUAAGAGAAUCUUGGUGCUCAGAAGAGAUUACUCUAAAAUGGAUGUUUACUAUGUUACUCCAACGAAGAAGCGACUGAAAUGUCAUAGUGAAGUAGCAGCAUUUCUAGAAGCAAAUCCGGGUCAUGAAGGCGUGUCUCCUAGCGAUUUCAAUUUUAUAACCCCUAAGGUUGUGGAAGACACUAUUCCCGACUACAUUGUGAGAAAGGGUUCGGCUGAUGGUAACUCUAAUAAAAGAGUUGAAGAAACAAAGGAUGCUGUACCAUCUGGCAGCGGCGACACUAUUCCUGACUACAUUGUGAGAAAGGAUUUGGCUGAUGGUAACUCUAAUAACAGAGUUGAAGAAACAAAGGAUACCGUGCAAUCUGGCAGCUCUAAUAAAAGAGAGGAAGAAACAAAGGAUACUGUACAAUCUGGCAGCGGUGACAAUCCAGAGUCAGCAGUAUCCCAAUGAAUGUGUACGCUUUGUAAUCUGUUAGAGUAAUUAGGUGAGGAUUUUGCGUAGUGGAUUGUUGCUGUAUGAAAGCAUUUUUUUCCCUUGCUGGAGAGCAAUCAUGAAAAACUUGUAUUGUUUUAUUAUGCAACCUGCUCCAUUGCACUUGUCAUUGAU